CCCGCCCAGCGGUGAAGAGCCGGGAGGCGAGGCGAUGAGCGCGGCUGGCGCGGGCCACGGCGGUCGUCGCUGGGCGCGACUGUCCCGCCUCGUCUCCUUCAGCGCGACCCACCGUCUCCACAGCAAAUGUCUGAGUGACGAAGAAAACUUGAAACUGUAUGGGAAAUGCAACAAUCCAAAUGGCCAUGGACACAAUUAUAAAGUUUUGGUGACCGUUCAUGGAGAGAUUGAUCCUGUUACAGGAAUGGUUAUGAAUUUGACCGACCUCAAAGAGUACAUGGAGGAGGCAAUUAUGAAGCCCCUUGAUCAUAAGAAUCUGGAUCUGGAUGUGCCAUACUUUGCAGAUGUUGUAAGCACAACAGAAAAUGUAGCUGUAUAUAUCUGGGAAAACCUCCAGAAAUUCCUUCCUCUGGGAGUUCUUUAUAAAGUAAAAGUAUAUGAAACUGACAAUAAUGUUGUCAUCUAUAAAGGAGAGUAGCUUUUACGGGUUCAUACUGUAGAAAGAUUAAUUUCUUCCCACAUUUGAAAAAGGUCUUUUUCUCUUGAACUGUUAAGAAGUCAUCACAGAAUUGUUAGACCGUCACCUUGUGUCCUGGUGCCUGAGUUAUUGAAAUCAUUGUGUGUAAGACCUAUUGUGAAUUCAAAUCUAUUUUAAAACAAAACUUGUCAAAAACACCCUAUCAUUUAGAGAAUAUUUUAUCUGUAGAUUAAAAAUCACUUCAUUUUCAGGAAAAUGUUGCAGUGUGAAAUUUAAAAGCAAAUAAAUCAGUUUUUGUUUUUCCAUUAUCUCAUUUUUAGUAUUCAUUUUUUCCUUGGUAUAAGAUGAAUGGCAAAAAUGUUUAUAAGACUUAUAGUAGGUGAAACUUAAAAAAAAAAAUACAGUGGUCACAGAGUCUGGAAACAGACAAUAUACACUUCUUCCUUGAUUACUUCUUAGGUGUGCUAAGGGCACAAGAUUAUUCAGUGAAUAUAAGACACACAAAUCACUUUAGGUGAUGCAUUGUAAGUACACAUAACAAGGAUUAAUGGAAAUACCAGUUUAGUGCACACUGUUUGAGGCAGUUUUGCAUAGCUUGUUGAACUAUGACUUGCUAGUGAGGAACAGGACAUUCACUGAGCAUUUCUUGGAAUAUCAGUAAACUAUUUAUUAUGUAUAGUUGUCUAUGUUUCCAGAUCUUAUGGCCACCUGAUCAAUUUUAAUUCAGAAACCCGAAGAAUAAUCAUUAUAUAUUAAAUCCUAUUAAAAUAAGCAAUAUGAAAAGGUUAUAUUACACUGUAACUCAUCUCUUACAUACAGUUUUUCCUAAUGGAUCCCAUUUUGUUCUGACCAUUAAACUUACCUACUUAAGUUGAACUAUA